AUGAGCGCCAUCGAGCCGAUCGGUCAUGAUGUUGAUGAGGACCCAUCGAAACCCCGUGCUCAAGCCUUGUCGGUCGCUGUCACGAACAAACAACUGCCCAAACAGCUCAUCACAAACUCACGCCUUCAGACCACCUCCAGCACUAUCAACUCUUCUAAUUCCAGGGCCGCUGAGCAACAAUGUGCUGCUCACAAGUUCCUGUGA